AUGGCUUGUGUUUUGGCUUCGAAAAUAGGAACAAUUGACUUGAGGGAAGUUGAAGAUGAAGCCAAAUGUUGGGAUGGACUAGUUGAUAGUAAGUUAUAUCUUGUUAUAGUUAAAAUGGAUGCUCAAACUAUUAUUAUUAGGUUGUUCACUUAAUUCUGCGCCCCUUUCUCAAAAUUAACUUGUAGGGUAUGGGGGCGCAAAAUUAUGUAAACAACCUAAUAUUAGGUGCCGACAUAAAGACCCCGCCAUACUUUUCCUGUAAUUUCCUCUAAAAAAUGGCUGGUUCUUUAUGUCGGCACAUAAUAUUAUAGUACAAAGUAAUAUUUAUAAAUGGUAAUCAACACAUAUUUUCAGCUUUGACCUACGUGACAGAGCAAACUGUAAAUCUAAAGGAACUUCGUUGUUAUAGCAGCAUACUGAACUUGACUACUAUAAAAAGCGAUGUUAUAGUAUAUAAAUUAGUGUUGUUUCUUAACGAUGAAUUAAAGAAAGAAAUCGAUUGUGUAAACUUAGAAGUACAUGCUAAUUCAGCUUCUGAAUUACAAGAUUUAUCGUUACUAACGUAA